UUGGAGAGGGAUCUGCUGCCUGGUGAGAAAUUUGGUUGUCAUAGUUCUGACAUCAAUCUGAUGAUUCAAGUUAUCUCUUAUUUGUUUUUUGACUCAGGCUCAGACAGCCCGACCACACAUACAAAGGAUGUGACCACACACACAAGGGCGAUGAAGCUCAAACACCAGGAACUGCAAGAGCGGCUGGAGCUCUGCAUUCUGGAGCUGAAAAAGCUCUGCAUCCGCGAAGCCGAGCUGACGGGUAAGCUGUCAGAAGAUUAUCCUUUACGGCCUGGAGAGAGGCUUCCACAGAUUCGCAGGCGUAUUGGAGCUGCGUUUAAAUUAGACGAGCUGAACAUCCCACGAAAAUCUGAGGGCUCUGAACUGAAUUUGGUAGAUGCUGAAUUAGCGCUGCAGAUGAAGAUUUAUGAAGCUGCUCGCAAGCUCUGCGAGGAGGUUCACCUGAGCAAGGCGGUUAAGAAGAGCCGCUUAAUGCAGUGCAAACGAGAGGAGAAGAAACUCAAGCAGUUACAAGAAAUGGCCUUUCAGUUGCGUCUGGAGCACGGCCGAUCAUCACCACUCCCUGCUUUUAAUAUUACACAACCAGACCUUGGCACAUCAGAUGACUGUAGCUCUUUAUCUGAUUCUGUAGUGCAAGAUGAAGAAGUCACAAGCCAGUCCUCAGUCCUCCCAUGUUCAGUGAGAGCAGAUCCUCCCCAGCCUCCCCCCAUGUCCCCACAUUCCUCAGCAGACGGCUCCCACAUGUCUCGCCCCGUGGCUCCACAGUCCCCCCUGUUGAACCAUUGUCAAUCUCCCUGUUCUAGUCUUGACUCUAGCUUGAGUUUAAAUCCAAGCUCCGUGUGUGACUCACCUCCCAUCCAACACUCCCCAUGGACAGAGUCUAGUCUUGACCAACCUUACCAGAAGACCAAGAAAUCGCGCUCCUCCAGCAAAACAAGCAGUCCUUCAAAAUCUGAGGUUUUGCCACCAUUGGAGGCUUGUUUAUCUGCUCUGCCACAGCAGCUCUCACAUCUAAAGCUGAGCCGCACCCAGUCAAGCAGUACUCCAUCCACACCUGAGAUGCGUGUGCACCGGCAGCUCUCCCUCAGGUUGUCCAGUCCUGAAUCUUACAUCCAUAAGGAACGGGGCCGCAACAGGGGCCCGAGGAGGCGGCUGACAGAAUAUGGAAUAAUGUCACCAGAGACUCCGUCCCUGCCUCUAAACGGUGCAAACAUAGUGAGCUCUGAGGAUAGCAACUCUGAAAGUUCCUUUUCUUCUUACAAUAGCUCACCGUGUCAGGAGUUACCUUCUGACUUGCCAAAGCAGUAUCAGUCUGCAUUCCCAGUGUCUAGCCCAGUUGGCAGCUAUGGACCGCAAGCCUUUCCACCCGCUAGCUAUCACCGCAGUCCUCGAUAUGUCCUGAGCCCCGGUGUACAGAGACCCUGUUAUACUGAAGAAAUGAUCUACCCAACUGAUAUGGACAUGGCACGGCGCCAUUUCCCACAGCAGGCUCCUUGCACCCCUAAUAGAUACGAAUAUUGGUAUAAAGACGCUGCUGUAACCCAUCAGAGAGCACACAGGCCUUUGCCUCCUGAUAUCCGAUUCACACCCCAGGCACAGCAGUUGGACCAUCCACUCCUCUGUUCCAGUGGACUACCACGGCAGGUUGUGAAUGAGCAUCUGAAGUCGUGGCAUCGUCGCAGUCAGCUCAAAGCACCCAGGUCUCGCUCUCUGGACAGACAGGGAGCAAUCCGACUGAAAAACACUCCACCUAGGGAGCCACCGGGUUACCAGAAUCAGAACUAUCACAACCAAGUAAGUGUUCAAAAGUGA